UUUUCAUGUGAUAAGGAGUAUUAGAAGUGAAGAAGCAGUGAUAAGAACGUACAAUGGAUUUGAUGCACCCUAAUUUACUCAAAGACGAACAAAUUGUGGCAAUACUCAAGGAGAGGCAGCUGAAUAUCCCCAAAAUCACAGAGAUUGGCCGGGAGGAGCUGAUCAGGCUCUACGAGAGAUUCAUCAUGCCACAACCGUGUCGAAGGGCGAGGGAACGAGACAGUAGGAGUGCCAAUACGACCAGCACUGUGGGAAAGGAUCGUGCGGAGAGAGCAAAUGCCAAUGGGGAACUGAAGCGAAAGCACAAGGAGAUCACCUUCACAGAUGACGACUGCAGGGCCCGCGAGGUUCACUACAAAGUUAUGAAGAUGACCAAUUCAGCUGCAGAAUCAAACACCCGCCCAGUUGCUCCACAGAGGACCUCAGAGAGCUGUCCUCAGCAGCCUCAGCACAAUCCUCCCUCGAAGAGGAUGAAGAUCACCUGGCCAUAG